AUGCUUGGGGUCUUGCUCCUGUUUUUCGCCACUGCUGGUCUUGCCUGGUUCCUUGCAACGCCCUUUCGAACAGGACUAUGGCACAUUCCGGGGCCUUGGUGGCGCCGCUAUACAGACUUUUUUCAGGCGCUUGAUGCUUACAAUGGACGAACCUGCCAAAUCAUUCAGCGCUUACACAAGGAAUAUGGUCCCGUGGUGCAAGUUGGUCCACGAACCGUCAUUUUCUCCAACCCAUCCAUGAUAGAAAAAGUCUAUGCUACGAGGGCGCCCUUCCCUAAAAGCUAUCACUGGCGGCCGCUCCGAACUGAGCUGAAAGGCGUCCAUUAUCCAAGUCUCAUAGGCACGGAGGAUACGAAGACCCAUGCUGCUCUCAAACGGCCUAUCUCGGGCAUCUACUCGAUGUCCAACGUCACCAAAUCAGAAAGCUUCAUCAACGAAUGUAUCCUUCAGUUUGUUAAGGAGGUUGACCGAGAAUUCAGGGGCAAAGAGAAGCCUCUGCCCGUGUUUACGUGGAUGCAUUUUUUUGCGUAUGACACAAUCAUGAAGCUUACGGUCUCUGCCGACUUUGGACUCAUCCGAGGCGAAGCUGAUCGAAAGGGAAUGUUUAGAGGUGUCGAUGCAGCUCAAACAUAUCGAGCGAUGGCAGCCUGUAUGCCGUGGGUUCACUCUCUGCUCAAGGGCAGCCCCAUCACGAAAGUGUUCGAGAAACGCAUGGGCUCAUUCCCACGCCGAGCGCGUGAACUCAUCCAGAGCAGGCGGGCCAACGGGGCUGCAAGAACCAAGGAUCGCGAGGACUUGCUCUCCCAGAUUUUGGACACUCAAAAGAAGCACCCGAACGUUGUCGAUGAGCUGGUUGUUCACGGGUACGCUACCACACCACUGCUCGCCGGCGCGGACACGGUCACUAUCGGCCUUACUUCCGUCGUCUACUUUGUGGCCAAGCAUCCGGAGGUUGCAGCCAAACUGCACGCGGAACUCAAAUCUUCAGGACUCCAGAUGCCACCUCCUUGGGUUCUCAUUCACAAGAUGCCGUACCUUGAUGCGGUAAUUCGGGAGUCAUUCAGGUGUCAUCCGAUCGGAGCGAUGUUAUCACGACGCGCGGUUCCACCAGGCCCUGGUCUCAUGCUUGCGGAUGGCCACACCCUGCCCCCAGGCACAGCAGUGGCAGUUUCAGGAUGGUCUACCCAUUUUGAUCCGGACGCCUAUGGCGAUGACGUACACGACUUCAAACCUGAGCGCUGGCUGAAACGUCCCUCAGAAAGCGACGAAGAGUAUGCUGAGCGGCUACACAGGAUGAGCAAGGCAGACCUGACAUGGGGCGCCGGCGACCGAGCUUGUAUGGGCAAGAACAUUGCCAAAUGUGAACUGUACAAGCUAAUUGCAACAUUGUAUUCCAUCUUCGACAUUCAGCUUGUUGAACCGACCAAGGAAUGGAAAAUCAAGGAGACUGUGCUAGCGAAGCAAGAGGGCGUUGAGGCGAGAAUUACUUUCAGACCUGGCGCAAGUCUUGACCAGCUCGUACAGGGGGAUGCUUGA